AUGAGAGGGGGCUGCGGUUUAGGAAGAAGAGUAACAGAGGAAGAAGAGGAAGAAGAAUUCUACGAUAAUGGAGUGGCCCGCUUGAGGGUCGAAGGGUCGUGUAGGUUAGUCUCCAUGCACACGCAGCAAGGCCGUAAGGGGGUCAACCAGGACGCCAUGACUCUAUGGAAGGUACCCUUGCGCUCAGGUCCAACGGGGGUCACGUAUGCUUUUGUUCUCUGAAUAUCACGAUCUGCAGACGAUUUAACAGCGAUCACGCGGUUUACAGGACUUCACCGGCGAGAAGGACACAAUCUUCUGCGGAGUCUUCGACGGCCACGGUCCUCUGGGCCAUCGAGUCGCCCGCCACGUCCGUGAUGUCCUACCCGUGAAGCUCUCCGAGAAGUAUCACUCGCUCCAGCUACCCGGAGCAGACAGCCUCUUCGCUGCCUGCGCCGAGGAAGAGGACGAUGAUGGAGGCGGCGACCUCAACGGAAGCGGCAGCGUUUAUCGGUAUUUCUCGUCGUGGAAGGCGGGUUUCUUGAAGGCGUUCAAGGAGGUGGACGAUCAGCUCUGUCGGGGCGCCAAUAUUGAUUGCAUCUGCAGUGGAACCACGGCCGUCUCCGUGGUAAAACAGGUUCGACGUCCUCCACAGAGCUUCUCUUUUUAGAAAAUAGCCCAAUUUAUACUUUCUUAGAGAAAUGGCAUCGUAAUUUAUACUGUGCUCGAUGUGAUUUGCCAUUUCUGGCUCCAUAUCUCUGCGUCUAGUAAUUCGUAGAAUUCAAAUAUUAAUUCUGGUUGAAAAAAUUAUUUCCUCUGGAUCGCCAAAAAUGCAGCUCCUGACAGUUGUUCUUCGCCCUUCUUUUGUGAAUCAGAAUGAUCACCUGAUGAUCGCCAACUUGGGAGAUUCCCGGGCCGUUCUGUGCACCCGAGACGACUCAAACCAGCUCUCUCCCAUCCAACUCACUGUCGACCUGAAGCCGAACCUGCCGAGUAAGUUCCUCCGAUGUUCCGUCAUCUCCUCUCUGUCUUCCUCCCCUCGUUCUUAUCGAUCGGUUCUUACGCUGAGAUCGUUCUUCUGAUGAUAACCCAGAUGAAGCCUCGAGGAUUAUGAAGUGCAAGGGAAGGGUUUUUGCCCUAGAGGAGGAGCCGGAGGUCCACCGGGUGUGGCUGCCGGACGAGAACUGCCCAGGGCUCGCCAUGGCAAGGGCCUUCGGAGACUUCUGCCUCAAGGAAUUCGGCAUCAUCUCUACACCGCAGGUCACCUAUCGGAAGCUCACCGAGAGGGACGAGUUCGUGGUGCUGGCCACCGAUGGGGUAGGGUAGAAACCGUCUGUUGAUAAUCUUACAUGACCCAGAUCGAUCGUAUCUGAAUUAGGCUAUCAUAUUCUUUCAUGCUGCAUGUUAAAUCUCAUGACUGAUUUCAUCUGAUAUUACACUUCUCUAGAUUACCAUAGGAUUAAUAAUAUGGGAAAAGUUUGCUUAUCCUUGACAAAUUUUGAAUUAAAUGAGAUGAUUCUGAUUAAGAUUGUUCUAUUUCCGAAGCAACAGGUGAAUUCUCAUCAACCUUUCUCUGAUUUAUAGCCACAGAAAAAUCCGGCUGCCGUUGAGAAUACCCAGCAUUGAUGUUUGGAUAUACUGAGUUAUUGCUUUCGUUGAUCAUGGGGUUUGACAUGGGUGGCAGGUUUGGGAUGUGCUGUCAAACGAGGAGGUCGUCAAGAUAGUGUCCUCCGCGAGAAGGCGCUCCGAAGCGGCCAAGAAGUUGGUGAAGAAGGCCGUCCGUGCGUGGGAGAUCAAGCACCCGAUGUCAAGGAUCGACGACUGCGCCGUCGUAUGCCUCUUCCUGAAACCGGAGCCGGGUGCUCAAGUGGACGGCGGGAAGAGAUAUCGAGAUCUGUCCACAUCCGGGAGCUUUACGACGGCGAUGAACGGGGGAGCCUCCAAGUCCUUCGACCGCACCAAGGAAGUUGGAGUAGGGGAGGAGUGGAGGCCCCUGGACAGUGUGAGGGCGAAUUCACGCUUCGCUGGGCUACUGAAGAGUUGCAGCGGCAGGCAGGUUGGGUAG